AUGGUGGGGUCACAAUCCAGCGAAGAGGUGGAACCUGUACCCCCAGGACUACGCCGUAACCAAGAGAUACCGACGGUAAAUGAGCCGGAAUUCCUGCUGGAAGAUGCGGAGUCUUCAGCUCACGGUCGGAUUGAGGAGCCUUCGCCCGCAGAGCUCAACGUCAGGAGCAGGCUGCUCGGCAAUUACCAUCAAAACCAUGUUUGUGGACGACGCAACUGUAAUCACGGCACGUUUUCACCCAGGGCGCCAUCGUUACGGAGCGAGGACGACAGCCUUGACAGCUCUGCUGUGCCCUUUGGUGGCGUAUAUCCUGGUACUUUGGCUGACGAUGGGGGCCCAGUGGACACGAUCCAUGGUAUACUGGGAGAUUCCAUUGCCGACUCUCUGACGGGAAGUAAGAACCCGAGUACAACCAAAUGGCUCGCACAGAAGCAGGGUAUCAAAAGUCAGAAGUGGAUGUAUUUCUCCUACUACUUUCCAUUCCUCAAAUGGAUUCUUCAAUACCGGUGGCAGUGGCUGCGGGGAGAUAUGGUUGCAGCUCUCUCAAUGGCUUCUUUUUAUAUUCCAAUAUCCCUGUCUCUCGCCUCAAACUUGGCACACGUACCUCCUAUCAACGGCCUCUACUCUUUUAUUUUCAAUCCCCUGAUCUAUGCAUUCCUCGGAAGCUGUCCUCAGAUGGUGGUCGGACCUGAGGCAGCCGGUUCGCUGUUGGUUGGUCAGGUUGUCAAGACUUCAAUCGAUCGGGGACAUUCAGGCGAUGAUGAUUCCAGGCUCCACGCAGAGAUCGCCGGGGUUGUGACAGCUAUAGCGGGCUCGGUCAUCUUCAUUGCUGGAGUGUGUCGACUGGGGUUUCUCGAUAGUGUGCUCAGCCGACCGUUCCUUCGAGGAUUUAUCAGCGCCAUUGGCUUUGUCAUUAUCGUUGAUCAGCUUAUCCCUGAACUUGGUCUCGCCCCUAUUCAGGACGAAGUUGCUCAUGGAAGCAGUGCUCAGAAAUUGGCAUUCUUGGUCAGGAAUAUUGGCAAGGCUCAUGGACUGACAGCUGCUGUGUCGGCAAUAAGUUUUGCGGUAACCUUGCUCUUCCGCACGCUCAAACAUACUUUACAGCCACGAUAUCCCUCGGUUGCCUAUUUCCCAGAUCGUUUCAUCGUUGUCGUUCUUUCAGUCAUCCUUACCUGGGCCUUCGCUUGGCACAAGAAGGGCUUGUCUAUACUGGGUGAUAUAGAGUCAGACGCAGGGUCAGCCAUACCCUUCCAGUGGCCUUUCCAAUUCAGCCAUAUGACCCACAUCGAUACUGCUCUGAGUACGUCCGUUCUGAUCGCCCUUCUUGGAUUCUUCGAGUCCUCUGUGGCGGCGAAAAGUCUCGGAGAAGGCACUUCUGGCCUUAAGAACAUGACCUUGAGUGCCAAUCGAGAAAUGGUUGCCCUCGGCACAGCUAAUCUUGUCGGAGGUUGUUUCAUGGCUCUCCCUGCUUUUGGCGGAUAUGGGAGAAGCAAAGUCAAUGCGUCCACUGGGGGGACGACCCCUAUGAGCAGCAUCAUCCUCAGCAUGCUAACACUGCUAUGUGUUUUGUACCUCUUGCCGUAUUUCUACUAUAUUCCCAAAGCGGUGUUGUCAGCAAUGGUUUCAGUAGUGGCAUAUUCACUCAUUGAGGAGUGUCCUCACGACAUCAAGUUCUUUCUCAAGAUUCGAGGAUGGACUGAGUUGUUCUUGAUGGGCGUUAUCUUUGUGGCCACUGUGUUUUAUUCUCUUUCUGUCGGCAUGGCCUUGGGCAUUGGACUGUCUUUAUUACAACUCAUCCGGCAUGCUACCAAACCCAGGAUACAAAUCUUGGGCAAAGUUCCCGGCACCACCAACCAGUUCGAAAACGCAGAGCUCAACCCCGAAAACAUCGAGUAUAUCGAGGGAUGUUUGAUCAUCAAAAUUCCCGAGCCUCUAACCUUUGCAAACACGGGCGAAUUGAAGACGCGUCUGCGCAGGCUGGAACAAUAUGGGACGAACAAAGCCCAUCCAUCCUUACCUCGCGUCCGACACGAGGAGAAUAAUAGAAACGUCAUCUUUGAUGUUCAUGGUGUUACGCAGAUUGAUGGGUCGGGCACACAAGUAUUUACUGAAAUAGUGGAGGAUUAUGUGAAACGAGGGAUUCGAGUUAUAUUCUGCCGCUUACCGCACAGGAGGAGCAAGGUAUUUUUAUCGUUUGAGCGGGCGGGCAUUGUAGACCUCUGUGGAGGAAGAGGCCAUUUCGUUGGCAGUGUUGAAGAAGCCUUACAAUUGUCGGAGGCCGAAGAUAUGGAGCGAUAUAUCGAGGAGCGCGCUGUUCAUGAUUAUCGCAGAGACACACAGUGGUAG